AGGUGAAUGUUCAUGUGUGGGGCUGAACAGAGCAGGGCAGGACAAAGGCAGCAGACAGGAGGCUGAGAUGAACCCCUCCCAUCCAGGAAGCAGACAGGUAGCAGCACAAAGCCCAACACCUGUCAGCAGCAGCUGUUACCUGGACCACUGAGCAGCUCCUCUCUAUCCCCAGGGCGUCAGGUUUACUCCAGUUUCCUCCAGCUGUGACAAAAGAUCCAUUUUAUUUCAUGUGAAUAAUUCCUAGUAAGUUGAGGAAUUAGCAGCUGAGGGCCCACUGUGGAGCCUCUGGUGGACUUCAAGCUGAGGACAUCUCCUCCUCUGUCCCUCCUGACCGUGAGAGCAACUCCUGAUGAGUAAAGGGUUAAAAGAGGCGCAGCUAGACGCCAGAGAAGCUGAAGUCAUCCGGCAGAGCGCACAGCGAGGAGGAGAGACACCGAGAACACCUCCUAAACACUGAUCUAGGACGAUUCAAGCUGCUGACGAUCUGCUAUUUUCUUUUCAUCACCACUCUGUUGUUUCUCUGACACGCAGAGCUCCGGAGCUCCAGAGAGGAGGUGGAAGGAGGAAGAAAUAGAAACGCGCAUCCCGGCGCCCUGACUAUGGAUCCAGCGACGCUCGUUGGAAAGCUCUGCCGGUGCUCCUGUGAGGAGCGGGCUGUAAUGCAGGAUGAGAGGUUCGCUGUGCUCCACUGACUGUGAGACCUGCAAGAAAUCCCCCCUGACAGGCCGCCCUCCCCUCGGGGGACAGAAACAGACUCAGUCGCUGGAAACGGCUCCGAUACGUGUGCGUUCAGUGCGCCUCCUUUCCAGAACUCUCCUGUCCUCACUUUCUCCUGGAGAUUCUCCAACAAGCCGCCGCCUCUCUGAGCAACUUGGGGAUACUUUGGCCCCCGGAUUCCUGCCCUGAAGCCGACAGGGCUGAGAGUCCAUGCGGGGAGCGCAGUGAGCAUCGUGCGCUCGGCUGGAUCUGGAAACGCAGCCUCGGGGUGAUUCUAACUAAAGUCCUGCAAAGUCUCUGAAAGUCCAGCCGAGAAGAUGCCGGUCCGGAGGGGCCAUGUGGCUCCACAGAACACCUUCCUGGACACCAUCAUCAGGAAAUUUGACAGUCAAAGUCGUAAGUUUGUCAUUGCCAAUGCAAGAGUGGAGAACUGUGCUAUCAUCUUCUGCAACGAUGGCUUCUGCCAUAUGUGUGGUUACUCGCGUGCUGAGAUCAUGCAGAAGCCGUGCACGUGUAACUUCCUGUAUGGACCUGACACCAAGAGACUGGCGAUCGCCCAGAUGGCACAGGCCCUGCUGGGGUCUGAGGAGAGGAAGGUGGAGAUCGACCUUUACCAAAAAGAUGGUCAUUGCAUCCUGUGUAUGGUGGAUGUGGUGCCGGUGAAGAAUGAGGAUGGCGUGGUGAUCAUGUUCAUCCUCAACUUCGAGGUCAUGACAGACGAGACACUUCGAGACGAUAAACAGGAUCUGAACCAUCGCCUGCCCACCUGGCUCGUUACAGGUCGUCCACGAGGCUUCAAGUUGCGUCUUCCCCUGCUGCGCUCCUUAUCCAACAGUAAAGCGUCACUUGACGACGCCGAGGCCGGUCACAUCCCCAUCGCUACUCCCCUUCCACUGCCUCCAGACCACCCCAGUCACGAGUCCCUAGGCCUGGGGGAGUUCCUGCCCCUCCCCCCCCUACCACCAGACCACCAGGAGCAGCUCAGUGGAAGCAGGUCAGCUCUACAGAGUUGGCCAGAAGACCGGCAGGAAGACCAGCGCACCUUACUGUGCACUGAUCCUCCUGUAACCCACCACCCAGCUCCUCACCACCUGGUGGGUCCUCUCACCCAGUCCUCACCCUGUGUAGCACCCCAUCACCGGCUCAGCCUCAACCCAGACGGCUCGGCCUCUAACUGCUCCCUGUCUCAUAGCCGCUCACGGGAAAGCUUCCACAGUAUGCGGCGUGCCUCCUCCGUAGACGAGAUCGAGGCCAUGAGGCCCGAUUGGGACCGAAAGAACCGGAGAGCGAGCGUCCGGCCAGCCAGCAGCAGCACUGGUGCGGUAAACAGCAAGUCAAACAUCUUGAACUCCACCUCAGACUCUGACCUCAUGAGGUACCGCACAAUCUCCAGAAUCCCUCAGAUCACCCUCAACUUUGUGGAUUUCAAACCUGACCCCCUCAUCGCCUUGCCCUCUGGGGAGAUGGACAUCAUUGCUCCAUGCAAACUUAUUGACCGGACGCACAAUGUCACAGAGAAAGUCACACAGGUGCUGUCUCUGGGUGCAGAUGUGCUGCCAGAGUACAAGCUCCAGGCUCCUCGCAUCCACAAGUGGACAGUGCUGCACUACAGCCCCUUCAAGGCGGUGUGGGACUGGCUCAUUCUGCUGCUGGUCAUCUACACCGCCAUCCUGACUCCCUACUCAGCUGCUUUCCUCCUCAGUGAGCAGGAAGAGGCAGCCAUGCAGAGCUGUGGUUACUCCUGCUCUCCUCUCAACGUGGUGGACCUCAUUGUGGACAUCAUGUUCAUUAUUGACAUCCUCAUAAACUUCAGGACUACUUAUGUGAACUCUAAUGAUGAGGUGGUGAGCCAUCCGGUGCGUAUCGCCGUCCACUACUUCAAAGGCUGGUUCCUCAUCGACAUGGUGGCUGCUAUUCCCUUUGACCUGCUCAUCUACCGCAAUGGAGAGGAGACCACCACUCUGAUUGGUCUGCUGAAAACGGCCCGUCUGCUGCGGUUGGUGCGGGUGGCCAGGAAGUUGGACCGCUACUCGGAGUACGGCGCUGCUGUCCUCUUCCUCCUCAUGUGCACCUUCGCUCUCAUCGCUCACUGGCUGGCCUGCAUCUGGUAUGCCAUCGGUAGUGUAGAGAGGGGCGGUUCGAUAGGCUGGCUGCACACCCUCGGGGAACAACUGGGAAAACAUUACAAUGGAUCUAAUCCAGCUUCAGGACCUUCCAUCAAAGACAAGUACGUCACCGCUCUGUACUUCACCUUCAGCAGUCUGACCAGCGUGGGCUUUGGAAACGUGUCCCCCAACACCAACUCUGAGAAGAUCUUCUCCAUCUGUGUCAUGCUCAUUGGAUCCCUGAUGUAUGCUAGUAUCUUUGGGAACGUGUCAGCCAUCAUCCAGCGGCUCUACUCAGGGACGGCCCGGUACCACACCCAGAUGCUGAGAGUCAGAGAGUUCAUCCGCUUCCACCAGAUCCCAAACCCUCUCAGGCAGCGGCUGGAGGAGUACUUCCAGCAUGCCUGGUCCUACACCAACGGCAUUGACAUGAACGCUGUGCUGAAAGGUUUCCCUGAGUGUCUCCAGGCAGAUAUUUGCCUCCAUCUCAACCGCACAUUGCUGCAGAACUGUAAGGCUUUUAAAGGCUCCACCAAGGGCUGCCUCAGGGCGUUGGCCAUGAAGUUCAAGACCACCCACGCACCCCCGGGUGACACGCUGGUUCACGCCGGGGAUGUCCUCACUGCCCUCUACUUCAUAUCCAGGGGCUCAAUAGAGAUCCUGAGAGGAGACGUGGUGGUCGCCAUCCUGGGAAAAAACGACAUCUUUGGUGAGCCGAUCAACCUGUAUUCCCGACCGGGUAAAUCCAAUGCUGAUGUGAGAGCUCUAACUUACUGCGACCUCCAUAAGAUCUUCAGAGAAGAUGUUCUAGAGGUGCUCGACAUGUAUCCGGAAUUUGCAGACCACUUCUGGAACAACCUGGAAAUUACUUUCAACCUCAGAGACACCAACAUGAUCCCAGGCUCUCCCAGCAGUGAUGAGUCCAAAUGUGGGGGAUUCAAUAAAUUACGGAGACGCAAGUUAUCAUUUCGAAGACGUACAGAAAAAGAUGAUGCAGAUGCAGGAGAAAUUAAGAAGUCCCAUAAGACUGUAAGGCGAAGACAGCGGGAGGCAGCCAGCAACCAAAAACAGGAUGAGGCACCAAAGAGGCAGUGGGGGGCGCAUCGAAGCUCCAUGUCGUCACACUCCAGUGGAGAUGAGGGGGAGGGAGCAGUUGUGACUAGUCUGGCACCUCCACCUGCACUGCUGGAGAAUCCGCAGGUUCAAGCGCCACUGCUGAGCUACAGCGAGAACACUGAUGGUGAUGGAGACCCCAAGACUGGGAACACCUGCAAUGCCCUAUCAGGGGCAUUCUCAGGGGUGUCCAACAUCUUUAGUUUCUGGGGAGAGAGCCGGGGGAAUGGUCAGUACCAGGAGGUUCCCAGCUGCAGCCUGGCCUCCCCCCCACCCCUCAACACACCCCUGCACAGCCUGAGCCGACAGCAACGAAUCCAGCUGGACACACGACUGGAUCUGCUGCAGAAACAGCUCAACAGGUUGGAGAAUCGCAUGUCAACAGACAUCGGAGUAAUCAUGCAGCUGCUGCAGAGGCAGAUGGCCCUGGUUCCUCCUGCCUACAGCGCUGUUUCAUCACCACCUCAGGCCUCCCCUUACCCAGGUCCUGGUCCAGGACCAGGUCCAGGAGUUGGAGUGGCUCCACCUGUUACACCUCUGGAGACAGACACACUGACCUCCCUGUCACAGAUCUUGGAUGCCCAGGACUUUGAGGAGUUCCCAGCAAAGCCCCUCAACUCCCUGCAGCCCCAGGACCCUCCUCUGAUCAACACCAGCCAGAGCCAGCUGGCCCCCUCUGGGCUGGACAACCUAGGCCAGCAUCUGGAGCUGGAACUGGGACUGGGCACUGGUGCAGGGGUCAUUUCAGGGGUAGGUUCAGGUUCAGGUUUAGGGUUAGACUUGGGGAGCGGGGCAGUGGGGUCCAGCAUAGCAGCAGGGUUAGACUUUGGUUCAGGGGUGUGUAUGGGGGCUGAGGUGGGGCCAACUGCUGCAACAGUGGCAUCACCUUUGGAUCCUGAAACCCCGAGGAGGCUGUCCCUCCAGGAACCACAGACACCUCUGGACCCACGGACACCACAGAGACACAGCUCCGACCCUGGAGGGAGCUAAGGCUGAUGUGGGAGGAGAGGGAGGAGAGUGGGAUUAAGGGAGGGAUACAGAUAGAAUGAGAGUGAUGUUUUAUCCUGCAGGUCCUCCUGUUUCCACCACACCACACGCACUUUGGAGAUCAGGAGGCAUCUACUGUACCUACCACCUAAACCCGCCCAGCUACUGUAUCCUCACCUUCAGCCUCUCCAGUACAGACCCAAUGCUGGGAGAGAGUGAAGCCAGGCAGUGGGUCAUGGAAAGAGUAGAGGUCUUUCUCUGUCUCUUUCCUCAUUCCCCUCCCUCUCCUCAUAAAACAUCUGGAGUUUUCUGGGCUCCACAAUGGUACCACCUUUAACCAAAACCACAAACGGAGCAGAGAGCAGCUCUGCCUUUUAGUGAACACAGUCCAGGUGUACCCAGAUCAGUCUGGUCUGGACCUCUGAGGAUGACACUCCUUCACACUCACAUUUUAACGACUGCUAACUUGAUGAAGAAUCCCUUUACUGCUGUAUCCAGUGUUGGAUGACUGAUGAGAACAAGCAGAGACAACACUGGACAGAAGAACGAUGAAACAAGUAGCCAUUUACGUCUUGCACUGAAAAUCCUAUUGAUAUAAUGAUUAUUCUCUUCUUUAUGUCCGUGGCGCUUCCGAUAAACUCACAGACUGGUUGGUAAAUUGUAGUGUUAGCUGGCCUAACAGGAGUCCUGCUGUCCCGUUCCGUCAUUGGUUCCUUCCCCCUGAUGUCCUGCCCCCAAGAGGCGGAGCUAUUGCUCCACCCUUCCCAAGAGCACACUGGAUUGGCUGGUCUGCACCUCAGGGGUGGGAACUAGAGGGUUAAAAGCCAUGAAUUUUCUCGAUGAACAUAUCAGCUGCCCUAUCAUAAACACUGUACAGAUUUGCUAGUGAGUGAAAGACACAUGGCAUGCUGAGGCACCAUCACCAACAGGUAAACUGGCCAACUUUCAAGUUUCCCACAAGAACAGUGCACCAAAAAACCCACAAGUAAAUAUUUAAAUAUUUAAAAACGCAGGAAAUCCCAACUCACUAAUUUCUUGAGCUUUUGGUUUUGACCUUGAAGACCAACAGUUGAUCAACAUCUGUAAGUGGAGCAGGCAGAGACACGACGCUGCUCUGAGUCCCAACAUCCAGUCGAAGCCCAUGCAUAAAGGAAAUAAAACGUUAUGUGAUUCUAGUUUAUCAGUUGAAUUUGCUACCUCAGAUGUCAUGGUCCUUACUUUUUUCACCCAAACACGCACCCAGAAUGCUUCUACCUUGUACAUAAGAGUCUGUCCUGUGAUUCGUAAAUAUAUAAGUUUGCCAGUUUACAAAGACCAGCCGAAUGCGCCAUUAUUCUAUGUAUAGUACAAUAUGCAAACACUGGCAACAAGAGACGUGUGCGUGUGCUUUAAUCUUAUUAUAUGUGUUAUUAGUUCAGGUUCAGAGCUUUUUAUGCGUGUGUUUAUCCUUGUUUUUGUCUUACAGUUUGCAGAGUUGUCGUAUCGUAUGUUUGCUUCCAUGUUUGUAAAGAGGGUCACUGGAUUCUGUUUCUCUUUUCUUUGCCCCGCAAAAAGAUGUGAAUGCCUUGUUUUAACAGGCGUUUGACAGGUUCAGUGUUUGAAUCUAGACAGCACAAACCCUUUACAAUGCAGGUAAAAAGUACUUAAACGCCAUCCACGUCUAUCUGAGAUGUUUAUACUGCAGCAGUAGCGGACACUGAGGAUGUACCUGUACUUUAGUACCUCUGUUUCAGUGAAUACUUUAUAAUAGAUGUUAACUUCUGCCCUUUUUGAGAUCCUCAGACACACAUCUGAUCCUCGUCAUGAACUGCUUGCAGGCCAACACAGUAACACAGAUUCUCUGAGGUAUGAAAAGGCUCAGACACAGAUGAUCGCUUCACCACUAUUAUUUCAAUUACAGAGCAGCAUGUAGAGACAAACUGGUAGGGAACAUUUCCCAGUUCAAACUCAAUCAGCCCACAUCAUUCCCAUACAUGUGGGCCAGUAGGCAUCUCCUCCACCUUCUAGUAAGCUUCGGCCUCCGUUUUUAUCAUUGAUAGACAGUAAUCCCACAAGAGUAAUCCAUCUCUUGCAGUGCUGUGAAUAAGUGAGAUUUUACAUCCACAGGACACAAUGAAGCUUUGGAGCAUCAGGUAAACAUAGCAACCCCAAACAAUGACUUUUUUCUAUACUAACGAAAUAGUUUUGUCCUGAAACUAAAUCAAACACUAAAAAAUGAAAGUCAAAAAGAAAAGCUGUAAUUCUAGUCCAAGAUGGAACUUGAACUCAGAUCUCCUGGAUGGAAGUCCACUGACUUUCAUCUUCUCAUCCCCUCCAGUAAUGGGGUGGUACUGAGCAGUGAAAGGUAGAAGAGAUCCCUACCUGCUCAUAUGUAUGGACAUGAUGUGCACUGGGUGGAAACAUGCAUCCACUGAUUUGGUAGUUAAUCCAAAGGAGGCCAGUUAACGUCCUUAUUCUGCCAUGUGGAGGAUGAUCCAAAGCUUCCAGUGCUCAGGUCUCACUGGGGUUACUGCAGAGCUGUUAGACGUGAAGGGAAAUAAUGCAUAGAACUGAUUGUCAAACUGUGAAAAUCUUUCACCUCCAUCUUCCUACAUGAUAUUUAAAUCACCUCAUCAGCCACCAUUUCAAAUAUCCUGUCAAUAAAAUGGCCAUGUAACAUUUCUAAGUGCUCCUUCAGCCUACAGCAGGGGUUUAGUGAGCUACAGCUGAGGCCACAGUCAGGUAAAAGUGGACAAAAUGUAAUGACAAUUUUUAAUGAAUGAUCAACAAAAGAAUGGCUGCAGACUAAUCCUGAACACAAGCAUUAUUACACUAAGAAACACAUGAGAACAAGUUUUAAUAACCUAUGCCUCAUAAACUAAUAGUAAAGUGUUCAGAUGUGUAAUAUGCUAGAAGUACAUGUCUGCAGUAAGCCCCAAACCAAGUUAAGAAAUACGUAAAAACAGUGAAACAGCUGAGAGUCAUUGCUGGUCUCCUCAGAGAUGUCCAUCCUGUGCAUCUGAAGAAGCUAUAUCCAUUACUCUUUAAAUUUCUCGAAAUGGAAUACAGGAUUUAUGAUGAGCUGAUGCAUGUAUUUGACAGAACUGAAGAUGGUGUAGUGGGCGGACACUGGACUUUCGUAAGGAGAGCAGGUGCAAUAAAAGCCCUUUAUAGUGGAGCGUAACUGAAAGAACUCUGAGCUUGUUGUGCUGCAUGAAUUCAGUUUUGGCUAAAUCUUUCAGUUUUUUUGAGUUUUGAGUUCUUCAGAUGAAGGAAAACAAACCCCUGUGACAUCUUCAUAUUGUCUUCCCUGAUACUAAAUUACAUAGAUCGGCUCUUUCCUGGACCACGCCAGAGUCACCACCGAGGGAAAAGAAACCCAUUGCUGAAGUGCAAUAGUCCUUUAAACAGUUACCGCCUGUAGCAGCUUAACCACAGUCAUCAGUUUUUAGCACUUUAUUUUUUCAACAGUGCAGAUGUUUAAUAAAGACUCAGGAAUGCGUCUGUCAUAUCUGGGGGUUGAUUUUCCUUUGUGUCACAACUCAAAACCAACCAAUCAGAGAGAAGCUGUCCUUUCCAGGGUUUCAUUUUAGUGGAAUUCUCUUUUAAUACAGAAUCAUGAAGAUUGUAUUUUGCUCCUUGUGGGUCUAAGCUAUUUAUUUAUUGUUUUUGGAUUAUUUUGUUUGUCUGUGGAUUGAAGCUGAAAUAACUUUAUCACUUUGUGUUGGGUUCAUUUUGGUGGAGAUGGUGAUAGCUCCACAUGUUCCUCUGUUUAUUUAAGGAAAUGUACAUUCACGCCUUCAUUCUCAAUAUUUAUUCAAUAUUUAUUCAUAGAAGUGUUUGGUGAGCAGUAAACAUUAUUAUUACUAUUGAAACUAUAAUUAUAAUACACUGUACAUUCUGAAUUAUCUCCCUAAUGCAAUCAAAGCCACAUUCAGGACACAGUGUGCAAGAGGCCUGUUGAACCACAUCGUCUGCUCCUGUGCACUGAUUGGCUGUAUGUGUGUCACGCUUUAGUGUCGAACCAAAGCAAGCGAAAGCUGUAACAAAUCAUCACUGGUGGCUUUUAAGCUCACAUGUAAUGCAGCUCAUGAAGUCUAUCAGAAUGUGGUAGUUAGACUGUAGGUGGAGCUGGAUUAUGUGUGAUUUAUUAGCUGACUGAGGAUAUUUCUUACAGUGACUUCAAAACAACAUUAGGUGGGGAGUGUGAUCGGAUCGGUCCAUUUGAACCCAGAGAGUUGCUGUAAAGGGAGGGCGGUUUGCACACUGUAGAAUGUCACUCUGGAUACUUUCAGCAUUCUGUAGGCAAAACAUGAUUGAUUGCAUGAUGGACAGCUGAUGAGCUGACAUUGACCAAAUCGACUGAACUCUUCUUAUUACUGAACUCUAUCGGCUUAUUGAUAUUUGGUUUCCUUUACUGAACAUCCACCACCAUCAGUUAGCUUCUACCAGCAGAUUCUGUCUGUGGUCACCAUCAGCAGCUACUUCCAUCCAGUAAAUAUUCAGUCAGUCUGGCAUCACAUUAAGCAGUUUUUUUUUUUUUUUACUGAUUUCCAGAUGUGGUCUCUACUCUCCAUCUCACGUACUGUAGCGAGUGUUUCGUUAGUGUUCAAUAACAGUCACCUAGUGGCCUGAACUGCAUUUGACCUCAAAACUAGAAUGUGGUUGUUGUUGAUCUUCUUAUUUGACCUUGUACAUGAUGGUAGAGCUUAGUGGAAUAUUCAGUGCUAGAGGAUAUAUUUAUGUAAUGCAUACUGCAUAUUAUAACAGUAGAUGUGUGCUUUAGAAGAAAUAAAAACACUGAGGGACGGGUGUGUUAGUGGGCGGAAGGAGGGGGCGUUAAAAGAGAGCGUUUUUCCCUCUUUGUAUUUUGACACACACAUCUGUACAAACAUAAGAAGUCAGCCUGCAGUCACACCUACACACCGCCCUGAACUGCUCUUCCAUACCGCUGAGCUUUUUUCAGCUCUCUUCAACUUUCUAUAAGUUCCCACAGACCUGGGUCCUGUAUUUGUAGAUAUUUUGAGCACUUGGGGAGGGGGGAUUUGGUACCGUUUACACAACACUGGAUCUGCUCUGCCACUCCUGUACAUACCAACUUCUACUACUUGUAAAGGAAUCAAACUCUUUGGCACUCGUAUAGCCAGCACUAUGCAGAAACUGAAAAAUUUCUUUGGCAUGCUUUGAAAUGCAGAAUACUAUAGAGGAAAAUAUACUAAAUAAAUAAAGUCUGCUCUAAUUUCUUAUUAAAAUAAUCACCUUAUUGAAAAGAAAGAGCUGUCCAUGGUAUAAAUGGAUGUAAUGAAGAGGAUGGUUAUGAUGAAGCUAAAGACUUUUAGUAUUGUGCACAUUUUUACUUGCAUGCUGCACUGAAAAUCAUCCAGCAAUGAGAAGAUUUCAUGUGCAAAGCAGCUGAUUUUUGCUGUAUGCUUGCAGACUGUGUGUAGAGUGAAACACUGAAUUCUUCAGGGUUGUGGGAGUGUCAUAUUUAUAUAUACUUAUAUAUACAUACUACUUCCAGAUCAUGGACUAGAGGGGUACUGAAUAGCUGCAAAUAUAGUGAUCCUAGAUGAUACAAUAUUAUAUUGUAUAUUUGUAUCUUUGGUUGCAAACCACUGUACCGGAGUGAUGCAUGUGUGGCAGUCCUGGACCGAACUGUUUAAAUGCUUCCCAAACAUCCAGGAGCACUUGAUUUUCCUUACCUUGCUCCACUUUGACUUGAAAAGUUAAAUCAAGUGUACCUAAAAUAGUAGAAAUCCUGUUUAGCCCAUUUGGGACAGGCCACACUCCGACUAUCAUGGACAUAUGAGUGCAGCUCUGGACCACAGCUUACUUUGUUUUCAGUGUGUGAGGUGUUAAAAUCACAUUUCACUGAAAAGCACUGAGUCAUGAGAUGUCCCAGAAAAAAAAACUUGUCACAGAUGUUCUGGAGAUCUUUUUAAUGGCAUAUAUUCCACGGCAGCCUAUGGUACGUUGUUUAACCAUUAGAUUAAAAUGCAGGGCUGACCAGAGGAGUGUUUCUCGAGGCUCAGAAAACACCAUUCAUAUCAAAGACUGAAGAAGGUUGGCGGGAAACAGUGACGCUCCAGGUUCUGAUUGUGUGAUAGCAUUAGCAAUGGUUGAACUUUAUAAAAUUUCAAAAUAUUUCUUUCAAUAAACCUCUUUGAAAGCAAAAAUCCUCAUCUGUGUGAUUAAUUAGUAGGACCUGAAACCUAAUCUCUGAGCAUCCAUGUGACAUAUUUAGAAGGUUUUUUUCUCUAUGAAAAUAGAUAAACUUUUUUCAUUAUAAUGGUUUAAAUAUAAUUCUACACUGUUGCUCCCUCCAGACUGUUCUGAUCUCACCUCUUACCUUUUGCAAAGCAGCUCAGCACACCAGCUCACCUCCAAUACUGUAACAUUCCUCUGCACUACACAACAGCAGGUUGUCAUACUGGAGUAAUUCAGCCAUCCGGGUUGAAACCAGGAACAGAUUCUAAAGAAGAAGGAUCAAGGAAGUCCCACCCUGCAAACUGACAGGAUUGGAUCCUUAGGUUUUUUUUGAAACCCCAAAAGUCUGAGUUCAUAUUUAUUUUUUUGAGUCCAUAUUUUUAAAACUGUCAUCAGCACACUGCAGUUUUAAGCUGGAAAUGCUGACUGCUUAUUUUGCUCACAGCGUGUCUUCAGGCAUAUAAAAACACCAUAUAGACACAUUAGAAAGAUUUAUUAAUAACUUGAUCUUCACCUAAAGGGAUCUUUGACUGCUCUUCCACUUGUGCUGUAUGUGUAAAUGAACAUGCUUACAAGAACAUAGUGUCUGUAAUUUUGGUGCUGUAGUUUUUUAAUCUUUUGCACAGAUGCCCUGCUUUCCAAAAGCAAACAUUCAACUGUUCCUUCUGAACACAUCGGUAACAAUCUGAAGUGAAAUGGAGCAGCAGGCAUGAACCCAUCACCUUCUGUUAUCCUGCUGGUGUGUUUAAAUCAUGAUGAAAGUUAAGAAUGGUUGUCUGAAUCUUUCCUGCAGAUCCACAGACUCUGCCCAUGAAUAUCAUGAAAUCUACAAGCCUGGAGCAGAGCUGCUGUACAGUGUGUCGUUGCUGUUAUUUUAAAGUCGGGUUACUGUAACCUCAAUAGUCGAGGGGGAAAUGAUAAAACGAACACAUAUAUGAGUGUGUACACAAUGUAAAAUUCACAGGAGCCAAACUGGGACGUUCUUACUUCUGAUUGAGGUUCUCCUGCGGAGCCUUGAGCCCACUCAGUCAUCUCUGAAAGGAAGUAGGGAUCAGAGAACACCCCGCCGGAACACUGAUGUUAACCAUGUCCACCACAUGGCGUCACUAAAAACCCACACAUGUGAGGAGGAACCAUUUCCAAGCUCUUCUAAUGUUUUUCAUCCUGUGUUGGGAAAUGUUUCAAAAAUUUCACCAGCAGUGAAGGAAAGGUCAGCAGCUGCAGAGAGAGAGAACCAGCAGAAUAAGUCUGGUUCAUUAGUGAACAUGUUAACUGCAUGUCUGUGUAGUAAAUCAGGUUAAUUCACUAUCCAAAUAAAAUCUACAAACCUCA